CCACACAAUCGCAAUCUCUCGCUCUCGACUCUCUCCCAUCACGUUAUAACCCUCCUCACCUUCUCACUCCCUUUGCUUUCAUCAUCCUCGGCAACCAAAAACAACCACACCAGCACCGACUCAAUCGCCACUAAACUGAAGUAAUGGCCGCCGUCACCUCCGCCGCCGUCGCCAUCCCCUCCUUCACCGGCCUCAAGGCCGCCGUCUCCGCAAGGGUCCCUGCCGCCUCCGCCAGGGUCCCCGCCGCCGCCGUCCCCUUGGCCCCCAGGCUCGCCGUGAGGGCCUCCCUGAAGGACGCCAUCGGCGCCGCCGCCGUCGCCACCGCAGCGAGCGCCGUCCUGGCCGGCAACGCGAUGGCGAUCGAGGUCCUCCUCGGGGCCGACGGGGGAGAGCUCGUGUUCUCGCCGAGCAACUUCACGGUGAGCUCCGGGGAGAAGAUCGUGUUCAAGAACAACGCCGGGUUCCCGCACAACGUGGUGUUCGACGAGGACGAGGUCCCGAGCGGCGUCGACGCGACGAAGAUCUCGAUGUCGGAUGAGGAGCUGUUGAAUGGCCCCGGCGAGAUCUACGCCGUGACCUUGACCGAGAAAGGGACGUACAGCUUCUACUGCUCGCCCCACCAAGGAGCCGGUAUGGUGGGAAAGGUGACCGUCAACUAAGUAUGAUGAUGUUCAUGAUAUCGUAAAAGACAUGUUGAUUCUCGUACUUUUCUCCCUUUUUUUUUUUUCUUUUUGGGUCUCGUGGAGGUUGAGGAAUCGAUGUUUUGUUAAUUGGGAGAACGAGAGAAUGCACGGGGAUCAUGAAAACCGGGAAAACGUCUCACGUAAUGCUUUUUUCUCAGCUUGAAUGAUGUAGACGAAGCGUGCUUUUGAUAACUCUGAACCAUUUGGUUUGUUUUCUGUCCUGA